AUGGAGGAAGGAAACCCUCCUCCGUUGCACACCGAGCCGCCUCCCCUCCCAUACUCGCUGCACACUCGCAAGAAGGCGAUCGCUUUUUUCUGGAUCUUGUUCGUCGUCGAUACCUUAGGCCAGCCGCUGAUCCUCUACUGGGCAUUAUGGUAUUGCACGGAUCUAUCGCAUAAUUUGAUCUUCUCCAUCGUCACGGCGUGCUUGGGCGGUAUCUCGGUCUUUGAAUACUUCUAUCGUCUCUACAAUCUCUUUAAAAAGGGUUCCCGCGCCCGGCCGCUGAACGCCCGCAAAUCAUGGCUCGACUUCUUUCACAUCAAUUUUACGAUUGUAUGGCUUAUUUUGGCUGUGGAGCUUAUUGCGGGAACGGUCCCUCAGGAACCAUAUGUGCGUCUCGUCGCCAUGGUCCUACCAACCGUCAUGUUCUACUUCGGAAUCGUCCACCUGACCCUUGACGUCCUCCGCAUGGCCGGUUUCAAGGCCCCCUUCCGCAUUUCCUCCACCCCCAAAGGAUCCGUCAUGCCGACUGCUCUAUAUGCCCUCAUCGAGGACGUGGUCGCCGUGGACGGAGGAGGCGGCCAGAUCUACAGAUACGCCCUACGAACCCGCUACCUAUCCAGUCCCUACUUCCGCCGAAUGCUCUUCGAGAUGAACUGUUUCUGGAGCGGCGGAUCCAUCAUCUUCGCUGCCGCCUUCACUGCCAUCAUCUUUACGGUCUCCGAGCCCGUAGCUUUCACGCUUGGCUGGACGCUCCCGUUCGCAUGGGCCGGAGUCUGGACCUUGAUCACCAUCCCUUGGGUUCAGAGUGAUCUGCGUCGUGAGAAGAAGGCCUGGGCGGAAAAUCGCGGACAGGGCGGCAUCCCCUGGGUUGAUGAUAUCACCGCUCCGACUGCCCGUACCCGUUUUGAAUCUGUCCAUGGUCGUCUCCCCUGGGUUCGUGAAAAGCAAAGUGCCCCCUCGACACCUGGCGUCGAUGGCCACGGUGGAAUUACUCCCGAAGCCAAGCCUGAGAGCAGCCACGAGGGCAAGCCCAGCAUCGAAGGUACCGACGGGGUCGAUAUCGUUAAUGGCGCCGGUGUUGAUGGCGUUUCCAAACAUACUGCCGACUCCGAAGAUACCGCCACCAAUGUCCCCGAUACAUCUUAUGAAAUGGGAAACAUUCCUGCCAGUAACCCGCCAGAGCCCGAUCAUCAACAAACAAAAUGA